UCGUUGUCGUUAUCAAGCGUCUCCUCGCCGCACGUGCUGACGUUAUCCGUCUGUCCGGCAGGGAAGCGUUUCACCUGUCGCGCUGAAAGCCGGUGUCCCGGGUGUUUUAUCGCGGUGUGUGUCGCGGACAGCAGCGAUGGUGAGCGUCGUGCAGGGCUGGAUGUCGCGGCUGCUGUCGCCGCUGUGGCGCCGGGCUCAGGAGCUCGAGGAGCGGCCAGAAAACCCGCGCUUUGACGGUGGGGCUCCGAUCCGGCAGGUGCGGACCGGGAUCGUCACGCAUCUGUGUGUGGAUUAUGGCCUGAUCGAUCACGCUGUGUACUUCACGUCAGGAGAGGUGCUAGGAGGAGAGCUGCUGUGUGUGGGGGACCCUGUGCAGGCCCUGGCGGUGCAGGACGGGGCCCACGGACAGUGGAGGGCCCUCAGGGUGGAGCGGGUCAAGGAGGCGUGGGAGAGCGCCGGCCCCGAGCACACGGACACACUCCGGCCUCUGAUUGGGACGGUGACGUCAUGUGACCGAGACGGAGGAUACAUCAAUCAGACCACGUACUUCCCGCGGGCGGCUCUCUGUGAAGGGUUCGAGCCGGUGAAGGGCGACUGGGUUCUGGCGCAGUAUUUGGUGUGUCCCUCAGACUGGAGCAGUCGGGCUCGAGCCGUUUCUCCUCUGAGAUACCGCCGCAUGGACGGGGUGAGCGUGAGCGUCCUUCACGGACGCAGCGGUGUGGUGGACGACAGCGUCUUCUUCAGUCUGGACUCUCUGAUCGUGCCGCCGGGCUUCAGACCCGCUCGAGGAGACGUGGUGAACGUGGUGGUGGUGGAGAGCAGUCAGUCUCUGUACAGCUGGAGAGCUCUGUGCAUGACGCCCGUCCAGCACAGUGUGGACUCCUCGGAGCUGGAUGUGCCGGACGAUGAGCUGCAGAGGAUGCUGGAGGAUAAGGGAGGCCUGCAGGUCAGCCGGGAGACUCGCUUCGGCUCUCUAUUGCUGGGAAACCAGAAGGAGCUGCAGAUCUGGGUCCAAAACAGCGGCUCGGAGCGCCGGCGGCUGACCGGCUGGGAGUUUGCCGGAUGGGACUCUGCUCAGCAGUUCAGCCUCAGAUCCGUGUCUGUGAAGAACAGCAGACCUGAAGGAGACCCGGCGGAGCCCGGCGAGGAGGAGGAGGAGGAGGAAGAGCAGAAGAUCAGCCUGGAGAUCUGUCCCGGGGAGAGAGCGUCUGUGAGCGUCUGCUGUCAGGCCCGGACUCUGGGCCGCUCGGCCGAGCUGCUGCUCCUUCACUUCUCCUCCUUCACCAUCGCGAGGCGUCUGGAGGUGUCUGUGAGCAGCGCCGAGGAGUCUCUGCUCAAUCCCAGCAUGCCGUUCUCCGGUCUAGCAGCUCCUCCGCCGCCGCAGAAGCCCCUGCAGGUGCUCACGGUCUCGGCCCCGCCGGCCCCCAUCAGACUUGCACGGCGGCAUCUUCCAAACUUCUUGGGGAACUACGGUGUUCCUCAGGCUCUCAGAGACUGCGUUGAAGCUCAGAAGGAUGUGUUGAUCGCUCAGCCGGCUCUGGCAGAGCCCUUGAGCCGCUCGUCCAUGCUGCCUCGUUUCUCGGCUCUUCUGUGGCUGGAGGAGCUGCAGGCCGAGAGAGAGAUCCGGGAGUUCAGUCUCACCGGCGCCAUCCUCAGGAAGGGAGCGGUGUAUCUUCACCUGGAGGUGCCGGGCCUCGCCGAGGGCCGCCCGAGCCUCUUCAUCGGGGAUAAAGUCCUCCUGAAGAAGCCCUGUAGUGGAGGAACUGUUAUCGAGUACAUCUCCUACGUCACUGAGAUCAGCGACGAGGACGUGAGUCUACGAGUGAACACUGAUUUCCAGAGCAGCUACCUCGGAGAACCUCUGGACGUGGAGUUCACCUUCAACAGACUGACCAUGAGGAGGUGUCACUGCGCUCUGGAGCAGGUCAAACACUUCGGAGACAACAUUUUGUUUCCCAGCAUGCUCUUGCUGCAGCCGCCUCAGUGGAGCGGAGCGUGGACGGACGAGGACCGGUCUCCUCGAGAGGAGGAUGAGAAGAGCCAGAAAACAGACGUUUCGUCAGCGCUGACCGCAGAGAUGGUGUCUGUGGCCACACAAACUAAACCAGAUCUGACCGUGACAGCGGAGCGUGUCCAACCGGGCCAGUUCUUCAACGCUGAUCUGAAUCCGGCUCAGAGAGAGGCUGUCCGGCGGAUCCUGAGCGGAGAGUGCCGUCCCACGCCGUACGCUCUGUUCGGACCUCCCGGCACCGGAAAAACCAUCACCCUCAUCGAGGCCGUCCUUCAGGUUCAUCACCGUAUCCCCUGCAGUCGUGUGCUGGUGUGUACUCCCUCAAACAGUGCUGCGGAUCUCGUCUGCAUGCGUCUGCAUCAGAGCGGCUUCCUGCACAGCGCCAGUCUGGCUCGCGUCAACGCCACCUGCAGGCCGGAGGAGUCUCUGCCGGAGGAGCUGCGUCCGUACGCCAGGGCUGGAGAAGAUAUUCGACACGCUAGCUUCCAUCGCAUCGUCGUCUCCACCUGUUCCAGCGCUGGGAUGUUCUACCAGAUCGGUCUGCGUGUCGGUCACUUCACGCACGUCUUUGUGGACGAGGCCGGUCAGGCCACUGAGCCCGAGUCUCUCAUCCCUCUGGGUUUACUCUCGGAGAGCAGCGGACAGGUGGUGCUGGCCGGAGAUCCCAAGCAGCUGGGGCCGGUGGUGAAGUCCAGGCUGGCCGCUGUGUUUGGGCUCGGAGUGUCUCUGCUGGAGAGACUGAUGGGAACGGAGCUCUACAGCUGCAGCGACGGACGAUACAACCCCCUGCUGGUGACGAAGCUGGUGUAUAACUACCGCUCUCACGAGGCUCUGCUGGAGCUGCCGUCUCGUCUGUUUUACGCCGGAGAGCUGUGUGUUCGUUCUCAGAGGGCCGUCGUGGACUCGCUCUGCCACUGGAGCAAGCUUCCUACCAAGGGCUUCCCCUUCGUGUUUCACGGCGUGCGGGGGACUGAGAUGAGAGAGGGCAGUAAUCCGUCGUGGUUCAAUCCCGCUGAAGCGGUGCAGGUCAUGAUGUACUGCUGUCAGCUCACUAAGAGACUCUAUAAGCCCAUCUCAGCGGACCACAUCGGCGUCAUCGCUCCCUACAGGAAACAGGUGGAGAAGAUCCGUGUGCUGCUGCACAGAGUGGGUCUGGGAGAGGUCAAGGUGGGGUCAGUCGAGGAGUUCCAGGGCCAGGAGUUCCUCGUCAUCAUCAUAUCUACGGUCCGAUCCAACGAGUCCUUGCUGAACGAAGAACCGCAAAGCAUGCUGGGAUUCCUCUCCAACCCCAAGCGUUUCAACGUUGCCAUCACUCGAGCCAAAGCGCUGCUCAUCGUGAUCGGGAACCCUCACGUUUUAAUCAAGGAGCCGUGUUUCAGCGCUCUGCUGCAGUACUCAUACAAGAACCGAGCGUUCAUGGGCUGUGAUCCUCCACUCGAGCUGCACGCUUCACGGAGGAGUCUCUCAGAAGAAGCGUAGUUCUUUGGAUCAUGGCAGUGUCAAGACGAUUGUUCUGCGUUAAAUAAUGUUUCUGACACUUUUUGCUUAUUAAUGUUUAAAGAGCCGGACGAUGGAUAUCUUCCCAGGAUUCCCUGCUCUCGGACUGAGAGAGCCGGUGUUUAUUUCUCUUGUGUUCAUUGAAGAUUAAAAAAUAAUUUCAACAAGCAUUCUUAUGUUUGAUCUUGAGAAGCUGAUUAAGAGGAUCAUGUUUGUGUUUGUCUGCAGCUAAAAGCUCUUCAUCUAGCGUGAAGAUGUUAAUGUACUGUAAAGAGAUAAAGUUCAACAUUUUUGUUACACAAAAUGAAACCUGUCAGCUGAUACCAGCUCGGCUGCUUUCAACAUCAACUCUAAAUAGUUGCAUUUACUCUUUGCUUUUGGACAAAGAACAAACUUGGGUGAUUAAAAUCAUGAAUUACUU